GGCAAAAAAGAAAGACAGAAAGACAGAAAGAAAGAAAGAAAAAGGGCCGUUCAGCGCCCCUUGCUGACUUACCUAGGCUAGGUAGGUUGGUAGGCAGGCAAGGCAAUCAGAUUUUUGAGUGCGAAUGCCCAGACUACGGAAUAGUUGCGCGUUAUUUUGGUUAUUAUGGUGGUAUCCCUCUCUUCUGACUUCUGUGCUUUUCUCUUGGGACAUUUUCAAUAUCACACUCUCUCUAGCAGCUGAAGAAAAUGUAAGAAAAGCAAGAAUGCCUCUGCAUCACCAACAUAACUCUCGGUUAGCGCACAUCAUUGCCUAUCCAAACCAACGUCCAAGUCAGCAUCGCUGAUACGUUCUGUGCCGAUGCGGCUUAUUAACUG